UAACUGCAGGCAGCGGCGGCGUUCCUGGCCCGAGACAGCAGGAGACUCACGGCGGACCCCGCCCGCCGGCCCGCCGGGCGCACACACAGGCGCACACACACUCGCACCCGCGCGCACACGCACAGCCAGCUAGCAGCGGCGACCGCCGCGAUGCUCGCCAGCAGGUCGGGGAAGUUUCCCGCCGGCCUCGGCCGCAGGCGCCAGUGCUCCCAGGUGUAGCGCCCCCGCGCGGCGCGGGCGGCUGGGCGUCUCCAGCAUGACCGGCCAGAGCCUGUGGGACGUGUCCGAGGCCAACGUCGAGGAUGGAGAGAUCCGCAUCAACGUGGGCGGCUUCAAGAGGAGGCUGCGCUCGCACACGUUGCUGCGCUUCCCUGAGACGCGCCUGGGCCGCCUGCUGCUCUGCCACUCGCGCGAGGCCAUCCUGGAGCUCUGCGACGACUACGACGACGUCCAGCGCGAGUUCUACUUCGACCGCAACCCUGAGCUCUUCCCCUACGUGCUGCAUUUCUACCACACUGGCAAGCUGCACGUCAUGGCCGAGCUGUGCGUCUUCUCCUUCAGCCAGGAGAUCGAGUACUGGGGUAUCAAUGAGUUCUUCAUUGACUCCUGCUGCAGCUACAGUUACCACGGCCGCAAAGUGGAGCCGGAGCAGGAGAAGUGGGACGAGCAGAGCGACCAGGAGAGCACCACGUCCUCCUUCGAUGAAAUCCUAGCCUUCUACAACGACGCCUCCAAGUUUGACGGGCAGCCCCUGGGCAACUUCCGCAGGCAGCUGUGGCUUGCGCUAGACAACCCUGGCUACUCGGUCCUGAGCAGGGUCUUCAGCAUCCUGUCCAUCCUGGUGGUGCUGGGCUCCAUCAUCACCAUGUGCCUCAAUAGUCUGCCGGACUUCCAGAUCCCUGACAGCCAGGGCAACCCAGGCGAGGACCCGAGGUUCGAAAUCGUGGAGCACUUUGGAAUCGCUUGGUUCACAUUUGAGUUGGUGGCCAGGUUUGCUGUGGCCCCUGACUUCCUCAAGUUCUUCAAGAAUGCCCUCAAUCUGAUCGACCUCAUGUCCAUCAUCCCCUUUUACAUCACUCUGGUGGUGAACCUGGUGGUGGAAAGUUCCCCGGCCUUGGCCAACUUGGGCAGGGUGGCCCAGGUCCUGAGGCUGAUGAGGAUCUUCCGCAUCUUAAAGCUGGCCAGACACUCCACCGGCCUGCGCUCCCUGGGGGCCACCUUGAAAUACAGCUACAAAGAAGUGGGGCUGCUUUUGCUCUACCUCUCCGUGGGCAUCUCCAUUUUCUCUGUGGUGGCCUACACCAUUGAAAAGGAGGAGAACGAGGGCCUGGCCACCAUCCCUGCCUGCUGGUGGUGGGCCACUGUCAGCAUGACCACAGUGGGGUAUGGGGAUGUGGUCCCGGGAACCACAGCAGGGAAGCUGACUGCCUCUGCCUGCAUCUUGGCAGGUAUCCUCGUGGUCGUACUGCCUAUCACCUUGAUCUUCAAUAAGUUUUCCCACUUCUAUCGGCGCCAGAAGCAGCUUGAGAGUGCCAUGCGCAGCUGCGACUUUGGAGAUGGAAUGAAGGAGGUCCCAUCGGUCAAUUUAAGGGACUACUAUGCUCAUAAAGUUAAAUCCCUCAUGGCAAGCCUGACGAACAUGAGCAGGAGCUCACCAAGUGAACUAAGUUUAAAUGAUUCCCUCCAUUAGCGAGGAGGACUUGUCACCCUCAAACCUACAUUGCUGAGCUGCCUCUUAGGUCUCUGGCAUAGUCCAGGCACCUCAGGGUUAUGGCCUAAGGAGUAUGUCCGACCACAGAGGGGAGAGCUGCAUGGGAUAUGUGCCCAAGGUCGCUUUGACAAUAGUCAGAAUCAUUUUUAAAGGGUGGUGUGUCUGACACCAGGCCUUUGCCCCUUUCAGCGAAUGACACUCACUGGUCUUUGCACUGUGAGCAUAAAAUGUUCACCUUUCCGCCGGAUGAGUACCGUACCCAGAAUGCUAACUUUUCUGUUCACUGUGUACACUAUUCUAGUGCUCGUGGCCCAGUGCCGUCUGUGAGUUGUCUGUGCUCCUGUUACUCAGGUUGUUGUGUGAGUUCUGUUCCAAAAGCCCCCACAUGUCUACCUAGUGGAAACGCAUCUAUGCGGUCAGCAAGGAUAUCAUGAGAUUUUGCUCCCCGUCACGUGACAACAAAAUCUCAGUUCUUUAUCCAUGGCUUUCACUUCGUUUUAAUACCAAAACAAAGAGAAUGCAAAGUUGCGCGUACACGACCAGUGCCAAGUCUGUGAGCUGUCCUUAUAAAUGACCUAUAGCCCUGUGGCUGCAUGGAUGCACCCAUUGUCUUUAGAACGAUGUACACUGAUGUUUAUCUCGUAAAUGUCACUCUAGAGAAUGUUACUCUGUUCAACAUGUAGUGAAAAUCGAAAAAUUUUCUACAAGUAGAUGCACUUAGGGACAGGAGCUUCAGUUAAAUCUAGACCCAGGAUGCUUAACGCCGAGUCAGUGCAAGCCGAGACCUUUCUUUCAUUGUCAGGCCUCCAUCUUUCCUAGGGUGAUCGUAGAGACAUUUAUUUCUGGCUGAAGUUCCUUGUGUAGGCCAUUUGACCAAAUUUUUGCUAUGUCUCAGAUAUUCGCAUGAUCUUGGAAUACUUGUUUUUCAGAGAUGUUUAGGAAUAAGGUUGUGUUGUCUUUCUCAACUAAAAUAAGAUUUCCUGUUGUAUUGUCUCCCGGAGGUGAACAUCGUUGGGUUGCUAGCAAGCACAGUACCUUUAAUACUUUUGUCGCCUGCUUUGAGAACUCAUAAAAUGAGAGUGCUUUUAUUUCCAAGCAGACUUUACUCAGAUAAUGUUGCUUCUAGGAUACAGUGUGUUGUAUACGAUGUGAUGAUUGCCCUGGAGUUCCUGCCACGACAUGGAAACCCGGUGGCAUCGAAGCAUGUACUCAAACAUAGACGUGCACAGGUCGGGUGGCCAAUCCGGGCAGGAAACACAUAGCUUUUAUUUCUAUCCCAACUGCCUUUUGUUGGGGGAGGGUGGAUAAAAGCCAGGAGAAAGGCAAGAGUUGUAAAAUGAGAAAUUGCUUCUUUGUAAAAUGGCAUAAAAUUGUGUAAACUUUUUGAAAAGCUUAACGCUAUCAAAAAGGCCUUUAAACUUCUAAACUUAGGCUGAAGAGAGACUCUCCUUCUCCAAAGGGCCGCUUCCUCUUCUUUAGUGAACUAGCACUAUCAUUGUCAAGGGGAACCUGGGUCCCUUUGGCAGCUCAUUCUUCGCCAUCAUCCUUUAGAUAACUGAUAGUUUUCCAGGUGGGUUUCUUAUCGACCAGUCUUUGUAAAGGCUGCAGAAACCAGGGGUCUAAGCAUGAAGUUAGGCAGCCUUUUUAUUCAAGUCUUGGGCCUCCUCUUAAGAGAUCCAUUUUGUGAUUGUUGUUGGUUGAGGAUAAUACAUACCUCACAGGGCUGUGAAGAGGAUCUUCUUG